AUGUCUAUGGUGAGAAGAUCUAGCAUGGACAGGAUGUCUUCGAGCAUGACGUCCAGCAUGACUGGUAUGGGGUUGGGUGGUAUUACUGGUUUGACAUCGGGAAUAGGCUCGCUAAGUUGCACAAGGGAGCAGCAGAUGACAGUUGGUGGUAUGCCGUCUAAUUAUGUGCCAGGACUGUCAGCUUACUACAAUAUCUCCAGUUUCUGCCAGCGCCCUGGACAAACACGUCGCUUGCCAAUGCAGCGUGCAGGACCUACUGCUCAGCACCGUCCAGGCCGCUCUCACAGCACGGGCUCGUUACACCGCAUGAAACAUUCUACGAGGAACAGCCCGAAUACGCAAUAUACCCACAACCUGAUUUGUAAAAUGGCUGACCAGAAUGAACGCCGACGCCGACAGGAUACCAUGGAGAUGAUACCUCAAAGUUAUUACUCUCAGCAGCCGCUUAAAGUAGAACUGACUGAAUUUUACUCUCGUGAUAACUCUAAAGACCAUCAUACCGAACAAUAUGAUUUAGUAAAUGAUAAUAUCCUGCCUAACCCUGUUCUUAGACGUGGACAGAACUUCUUCUUUGCUGUACGAUUUGACAGGACAUACGAUAAGCAACAAGAUAUGAUUCGUCUCGUAUUCUGUUUUGGACCCAAACCCAGCGUCACUAAAGGAACUCGUGUUGUAUUACCCGUAAACUGGAAUAAUCAGCAAGGUGUCUGCCAACAUUCCCGUGAUAUGAUGGGAAUGAGCAUGGGAUUAGGGAUGUCUCGUAUGCAGGACAGUGCUACUGGCAUGGCUACCAUGGGUUCAAUGGGUACAAUGGGCACUAUAGGUCCUAUGGGUACAAUGGGAACCAUGGGAACAAUGAGUUCCAUGGGUCCUAUGACUGCGAUGCGAGAGACUACAACAUACGGCGUCCGUCGCAGUUCCUUCAGCAAUGAGCCGUUACCUUUGCAACACAGUCCUCUUAGUCCACAUGGACCUAUGGAACGGCCCAUGAUGGACCGGUAUGUUGGCACAACUCAACAUACUUCAGUCGGGCGAGGUUACGGUUCACGUCAUGGAUCUAUGCAAAACUUGGCAACCUUGUCCCACGAAAUGGAUAGAUGGGAUAUCAGUAUUCAGCGCCAAGAUGGGAAUACCAUCACGUUUCAAGUCCAUGUUCCGGCUACUGCUCCCGUUGGUGUAUGGAACUGUUGGGUUCAAACCAAUCGCUGUGGACAACGCGAUAACCGCCACGACUAUAAAUGCGAUGAAGACAUUUACAUGUUGUUCAAUCCUUGGUGUCGCGAAGAUCCCGUGUACAUGGAUAACGAAUCGUCUAGGAAAGAAUACGUUCUUAACGAGCAAGGGAAAAUUUGGUGUGGAACUUGGCGUCAACCCAAAGGUCGAAAAUGGAUUUACGGGCAAUUUGACGAUGUGGUUUUGCCAGCUUGUAUGUACUUGUUGGAGCGUAGCGGCCUCGAGCAUUCAGAACGCGGUAAUCCAAUUCGUGUUUGUAGAGCUAUUUCCUCUAUGAUUAAUGCAAACCACGACGAUGAUGGCCUGAUGGUUGGUCGUUACGAUGGCGAAUAUAAAGACGGUGUAGCACCUCAUGCUUGGACCGGUUCUGUUGCUAUUAUGGAACGUUACCUUACCAAUGGUGGCAGACCUGUGGAAUAUGGACAAUGUUGGGUAUAUUCGGGACUUGUAGUCACAAUUUGCAGAGCCCUUGGUAUACCUUGCCGUUCGGUUACCAAUUAUGUAUCGGCACACGAUACAAAUCGCACCUUUACUGUUGAUAAAUAUUUCGAUCGUGACGGCAAUGAAGUGCCCAAUGGACCUGAUGAAGAUUGUUAUGAUUCUUGCUGGAACUUCCACGUAUGGAACGACGUAUGGAUGCAGCGCCCGGAUUUGCCUCAAGGAUAUAGUGGGUGGCAGAUUAUUGACUCUACACCUCAAGAGGAAGCGGAAGCUGUUUACCAUUGUGGGCCAGCUAGCGUUGAAGCUGUUCGUCGAGGCGAAGUUGGCUUCCAGUAUGAUACUCCUUUUAUGUACUGUCAGCUUAACGCUGAACUUUGCCACUUCCAAGAAGAGGAAAACUCUGAAUGGGGCUUCAUAAGGAUGGCAUCGAAUCAGCAUCAAGUUGGCCGAAAAAUUCUAACCAAAAACCCCAACCGCGACGAUGACGAAGGUGACAGUGAUAUGCUGGAAAUAACUCAUGAAUACAAGACCGUAGACAGCUCGUCACCUGAACGCCUCGCUGUUAUUGCUUCUUGCCGUGGCUACCAACGUCUCCAACAAUAUUAUGAGUACCCUGAUCGUAACUUUGAAGAUGUCUGCUUCGAUCUAAUGGAUAUCGACCUUGUCCCAUACGGUCAACCGUUUGAUUGUACUAUGAAUAUUCAGAACAAAUCUCAUGAAGAUCGUACCAUCUGGUGUGUUCUCACGGCUUCAUCCUGCUAUUACACUGGCGCCAUUGCUUCGCGUCUUCGUAGAGCCCAGGGCGAGUUCGUUGUGCGCGCUGGACAGCGUGAAGUCCUCAAAUUGCAUGUCACUCCUCAAGAAUAUAUGGACAAGCUGGUUGACCAUUCAAUGGUUAAGGUGCACGCUAUGGCCUACGUGAAGCAGACACGUCAAGGUUGGUCGGACGAGGACGACUUCCCAUUACAUAAGCCAAGGAUGCAAGUGCAGGUGAGGAGCCAACCGUGCAUUGGACAAGAGUGCGCCGUAACAUUUAGCUUCCAGAAUCCACUGACCGUACAUCUGACUGACUGUUACUUUACUUUUGAAGGACCUGGAGUUCAGAGGCCAAGACAGAUAAGAUUCCGUGACGUAAAACCCGGUGAAUUUGUGAACUACCAGGACAAGUUUGUACCGCGACGACAUGGGGAGCGACGUAUUGUUGUGACGUUCUCUUCAAGGCAGCUUGACGAGAUCUUCGGCUGCACCACAGUCAAUGUGCGCGGCUAG